UGUGUAGCUGGUCAUACUUGCUGUAUUCUUUUGUUACUGAGUCCUGCUCUUCUGGAAACUGGUUGGCGCUCAGUUCGAAUGUUGAAUUUCUCCUACGAACAUUUCAAACGUUGGCUCUAAUCGAAAUCCUACAUGCCUGUUUGCGUUUGGUUAAGUCGUCUCCCGUUCUGACGGCUGUACAGCUCAUGUCCCGGGUGUUCGUCGUUUGGGGAAUAAUGCUUCCGCUGGGUGAACUCAUAUAUAUGUAUACAGCCGUUGUGUUCCUAUGGAAGAAUGGCCUUUACCGAUUUCCAAUGCCGAACAGCUUCAACGUCAGUUUCGACUACAGUUGGAUAAUCGUACUGGUCAUGCUUAGUUACAUCCCUGGUAAGUCCUCUUAUUGA